UGGUUGUGGCCUGGGCGCUGACGUCUUGGCGAGAUUUUGACCGCACAGACACAUUGCAAUGGACGCUACCCUCUGAAGCUCAAGCCCAAGUGCUAGCUGGCUAGGCUAUGGCUGACACACGCAAGCCAAGUCGCUUCAAGCUCUCAAGGGAUACUCAACCUUCACAAGACCCGGCACUACCGGGUCAUCGCAUCACAAUAGACCUAGAAAGCUCACAUCAUGCUACUUCGGGUAUCGCAGCGGGUGAUAUCCUUGAACGGAAUACCGACGGGCAUGCAGUGUCGCUUGAACAGAGUACUACUGUCAAGCAACCGCUUCCUAAAAAGAUUGAUUGGCGAGCACGCGCUACAUCGCGUCGUACAGGACGACAUGAGACAUCCUCGAAUACCGUCUCAGCAAACAUGCAAGAACCGGGCAGUGAGAAGAGCCUCGCUGCAGAGAUUGAACGGGAGAAUAUGGCAAGAGUAGCAGGCAUGUCACCUGAUGCGUUGAAGAUGGAGCAAGAAGCCUUACUGGCGAAAUUAGACCCUAGCGUCGUUGCAGUGUUGAGACGACGUGCUGCACGCAAGGCAGAGCAGCUGCGUGUUGAGACGCAAGGGAAUGGUCAAGACGAUGACGAUGUGGGUGAAGUCGUUGAAGAACAGUUUGUGAAUCAGGUGCCGACGCUAGGUACAGCAAAUGGUCCUGCUCUCUCUUCACGCAAACCAGUAUUGACAGACUCUGAAGCGCAUGAGCAAGACAUCAUUUCACCUGCACACGUACAAGCUCACGAGAGUACCUCUUGCACGCACUUUCCAGCUCGUGCACUCGACCCAGCCUCUGUGACCUUCUUGGACGAUCUCAAAGAAAACUACUUUCCAAAUUUGGCACACGACCCUAGUAAGCUACAAUGGAUGCAACCAGCCACGGAUGCCGAAGAUACAGCUCAAUACCAUCCUGCAACAAGUGAUUCAGUCGCACCUGGUGAAAUCAGGUUUGGAUUUAGUGGUGAAUUGCUUGCACCUUUGGCAAGUAGACAGGUCGAUACAGCGCUCGGAUUGCAUCAUCAUGCUGAUGCGCCGCGUGCAGCUGGGUAUACGUUACUUGAGCUUGCCUUGUUGGCACGUUCAACACAGCCGUCUCAAGCGAGUCUAGCGAUUCGAACACUGGGUCGUGUUGUGUAUCGCUUGCAUCAUGGUGAAUUUGGAGAGGCUAUGACGAAUGGAUUGAUGGCGGUUGUGAAGGAAGCAAGAGUGAUGGAGACAUUGAUGGAGCGCUCACGAGAUGCGCAUUUGAGUGUUGCGAAUUAUGCAAUGGAGGCCUUGUGGCAGGCCAAUCUUGAGAAGCCGGCAGAAAAGGUGCAUGCAGUGUGAACAUAGAUGAACUAUAUAACGAGAGCAUAGCGUCAUUGUAUAAGCGACUGUUUACACUUCUUCGAUGGCGGAGUAGUUGUUGUACUUGGCGCGGUCUGCAAACAAAAAGUACAGGGCUGCGCCAAGGAUAGGGAAGAAGAAGACGGCAAGGGCCCAGAGAAGCUUGUGAGUACCUGGACGAGAGGAUUUGAAGAGUUCAAGGAAGAUGUAGAUGUCUAGCAAGAGAACGAGGAAUCCAAUGAUACCGCCGCCAGUUCCGUAGUUGACGGCAUUACCGUGAUGUCCGGUAGCGGUUGGCGCUGCGACGGCAAAGCUAAUGAGCGAGGCGAUGAGGAUGA